AUGUUUGCUCGUCAGGCUUUCCGCUGUGCGCAGCCUCUUAAGCAGACCAUCCGCAACUACUCCGCGGAGGCUGCUCCCAAGAAGUCCAACCUGACUCCCAUCUACAUUGGUGUCGGUCUCGCUGGUCUCGCUGCAGGUGUUUACCGCUACAACAGCUCUGCUGUUGCUGAGCCCAAGGAGCGCGCCAAGGUCUUCAACGGCCAGGACUGGGUGGACCUGAAGGUUGCAGCCAUUGAGACCCUCAGCCACAACACUAAGAAGAUCCGCUUUGAGUUCGAGGACAAGGAGGCCGUUAGUGGUCUUCCCGUUGCCUCUGCUUUGCUGACCCGCUUCAAGCCUGAGGGCAAGGAGAAGUUCACCCUGCGCCCCUACACCCCGACUAGCGAUGAGGACCAACCCGGCUACCUCGAUCUCGUUGUCAAGGUCUACCCCGGUGGACCCAUGUCUGAGCACAUCCACUCGCUUGCCGUCGACCAGCGCCUCGCCUUCAAAGGCCCCAUCGUCAAGUACCCCUGGGAGUCCAACAAGCACAACCACAUCGCACUGAUUGCUGGUGGUACUGGUAUCACCCCCAUGUACCAGCUGGCCCGCCAGAUCUUCAAGAACCCCGAUGACCGCACCAAGGUUACCCUGGUCUUUGGCAACGUCAAGGAGGAGGAUAUCCUGUUGAAGAAGGAGCUCGAAGAGUUGGAGAACACCUACCCCCAGCGCUUCCGUGCCUUCUACGUCCUCGACCAGCCCCCCAAGGAGUGGACCGGUGGUAAGGGCUUCAUCAGCAAGGAGCUGCUGAAGACCGUUCUGCCCGAGCCCAAGGAGGAGAACAUUAAGCUCUUCGUCUGUGGCCCGCCUGGUCUGUACAAGGCUAUCUCUGGCGGUAAGGUCAGCCCCCAGGACCAGGGUGAGCUUGAGGGUAUCCUGAAGGACCUUGGCUACAACAAGGACCAGGUGUUCAAGUUCUAG